UAAUCAGUCUCUCAAAUCUACAGGCAGUCGAAGUUGAACCACUGCCAAGCAGCUAACCUUCCCACUCUCUCGGAACCUUCUCGAAUCACACCGAAAACCUCAAUUUUCUCUCUCCUCAAUCCCCAAGAAUUUUAUAGGUUUCCGCAUCCCAUUAUCGGCGAAUUCGUCAGGCAUUUGAUCCGUGCGAACAAUGGAGGGAGGCGCAUCUGUGUCGCCGGAGAAGGCCGCGGAAUCAGCUUCCUACACUUAUUGGGUGCGAGAGGCGAGCCGCGACGCCGCGCCUCUGCCCGCGCCCAAGAAGAUUGACCCGGCGGAUGCCUGCAAUCGGCCCACCCAAUCUCACCUUGGCUCCGCCUGGAAUCGGGCUGGAACGUGGGAGGAAAAGAAUUUAAACAAGUGGGCAAAUGAGAGAAUCAAGGAGUUGCUUCUCUCUAUGGGUUCACUAGAGUUCUCUGGGGGCAAGGCUGAAAUAACAGAUGUGACAAGAUGCUCUGGAGAUGCAUUCUUGGUUACUGUUAGGAACAAGAAAAGAGUUGGCUAUACUUAUGAGUUAUCACUAACAGUAAAAGGAGAAUGGGCAAUUGAAGGGGAGACAAAGAAGAUGAAUGGUGACGUUGAUGUUUCCGAGUUCUCCUUUGGUGAGCUGGAUGACUUGGAGAUCCAAGUAAAGCUCCGUGAAGACAAAGACGUCCAGCCGCAAGCUAAGCAGCAGAUUCUUAAAGAUCUGAAGUUAUUUCUGCAGCCACUUCGCGAGCAUUUGCUUCGAUUCGAGGAGGAACUCAAAGGUAGAUGAUGCUUUAUCCCAUUGCUAUCUAUAUAAUUAUAUAUGGUGGUUGAUAAUAUGUGGCUUCUAUCAUCAUUUACAUUCAAAUGUACUCAAAUGUGUAACAGUAGCUUACAUUAAAUCCAUAUAUUUUGACAAUGGAGUUUGAGAUUAUUGUAACUUUUGCCGCUAUUUUUAGACUUGGUUUAUUGGAGCCUUGAAUAAUAGUAAAAGUUACUAGGUUA